GGAGGGGGCCUGGGGGCGGGGCCUGGGAGGGAGGCGGGGCCUACCGGGGCCGCUACCCGGGCGGGGGCGGAGCCGGAGGAGGGGAAACGCGCCGAUGGGCGCGCCUCACGGAGGCGGGGCCUGGGGCGGGGCCUGCGGGCGGGGGCGGGGCUGGCGUCCGAGGCUGCGGGGCACCGUAAGCCCGGAGCGUGGCGUCCUCCGGGAAGUCCCUGGAGCAGGGAUCUGGGGCCUUCUGGCCCCCGGUGUGUGUGGAGCUGACCCCUCCUGCGCAGCCCUGCCUCGGCCUGGAGAGGGAAGCCUCCACGCUGAGGAAGGGGCUCACAAGGCUGGGGCCCUCUUUUGGAGGAGGCGCAGGGUGGCUGAGCGCUGCGACCAUGAAGGUCAAGGUCAUCCCUGUGCUUGAGGACAACUACAUGUACCUGGUCAUCGAGGAGCACACGCGGGAGGCUGUGGCCGUGGACGUGGCCGUUCCCAAGAGGCUGCUGGAGAUCGUGGGCCGGGAGGGGGUAUCAUUGACCACCGUGCUGACCACCCACCACCACUGGGACCACGCGCGGGGCAACGUAGAGCUGGCGCGUCUGUGGCCAGGGCUGGCCGUGCUGGGCGCAGACGAGCGCAUCUGCGCGCUGACCCGCAGGCUGACGCACGGCGAGGAGCUGCGGUUUGGGGCUAUCCACGUGCGCUGCCUCCUGACGCCAGGCCACACCUCCGGCCACAUGAGCUACUUCCUGUGGGAAGACGAGUGUCCGGACCCGCCCGCCCUGUUCUCGGGGGAUGCGCUGUCUGUGGCCGGCUGCGGCCCGCGGCUGGAGGGCACGGCUCAGCAGAUGUACCGGAGCCUGGCCAAGACCCUGGGCAUCCUGCCCCCGGAGACGGUGUUCUGUGGCCAUGAGCACACGCUGGCCAACCUUGAGUUUGCGCAGAAAGUGGAGCCCUGCAAUGACCACGUGAGGGCCAAGCUGUCGUGGGCCAAGAGAGGAGUCCGUGCGCAAGUUCACAGGCAAGGUGACCCCGGCCGAGGUCCUGGAGGCACUCUGCAGAGAGCGAGCGAGCUUCGAGCACGCGGCCGAACCGCUGCAGCCACAGGCCCGGGCUCUCCUGGCACUGCAGUGGGGGCUCCUGAGCACCCCCCGACAGAAGUGAGCCCCGUGUGGACCCGCCGUGGGGCCAGGUGGCACAUCCCUCCUCCCCCGACCCUCAGGCAGUCUGGGCCCUGCCCAGGUGGCUGCCCAGCCUUGGAGACCAGCACUCUCGUGCUUCCUGGCAGUGGACGUGUGGGGCUCCUCUCUGGGCCGGUGUGAGCCCUGGGGCUGGGGUGUUCAAGAAGCAGCUUUGUGGGGUGCACGGGGCUUCUGAACUUCGAAUAAAGUUUUGAA